CGUGCACAAAAUAAUAACAAAAAUGGAUUUCUUCCAUGUGAUGUAUGGAGAUAUAAUCCGGAGAUAUAUUUGUGUCUCUUGAAUACCUUUAAACGGUUUAAGUGAUGUAAUAUAAGUGUAUUUUGUUAGAACGAAUAGCUGUUCCGAUAAAGCGAAACAAUGGAAUGAAAUGGUUUAGUUUGGCAACCAAGGUCCAGGUGAUUGAACUCUUGUAGGCCCAGGUCAUUAAACGACCAGGCUUUUACUGAAGUGUCAUAAUGAGAUAAAACUAAUGUAACUGGUACUGUUUAGUAAAGCCGUUUUACCCAAGGCACAAUUUCUACAUAAAAUAUCCUAAAGACAAAAUGCAUUGUCCUUCGUUAUUUCAUUAAGGACGAACAUUUCGUGAAGAAUCGUGAUGUGUAUGCUGAAGAACAAUUUCGAUCAUGACGAUUUAAAACUGUAAUUAUUCAUAUUUCAUUGAGAGAAAGUUACAGUAUUUGUAGAAUAAAUUUAUAAAAGUUUCCAAAACAUAAAAUGGCUUAGUCUGGUGCGGCAGUCUGUGUGUAAUGGAUAUACAUCGAGCACAAUGUGCUGAACAAAGAAUGGAAGCACAUGAAAUGUCUUGAAACACAAAAACGUUACCGCUUUGUCUCUUGAUUGUAAACAUUAUGUGUGUCAGCUUGAGAGAUUUCAUUUAUGAACAUAUGACGUUCUGCUAAAGAUUCAUUGUGGACUUUGGUGAAUGUAUGCUUCUGCAUUUGACUUGAGACCUCUACCUGGAGAGAUGGUGGUGAGCCGAAGUGAUGUUAAAAGAAGGCGUAAGGAGGGGAAUGUCCUGGAGGAAUCCAUACAAGGAAGCCCUAAGAGAACAAAGGUCCAUGCUCAACGGAAGUUUGCACAAGGAUCUUCCAACAUGAGCAGCCCUGCACUGACUCCGGUUAAAGAUAAGGACAAGGUGAAAACCAAUGGCAUGGUGUUGUCACCAGAACUUAUACCUGCUAAGAGGCCGAAGACAGAAGAUUUUCUCACAUUUCUCUGUUUUCGAGGAACUCCAAUCUUGCCACCUUGUCUUGAUUUCUUCAACAUUGCAACAGUGCAAGAGACUCCUGAUGAGGAACAAGGCUCAUCUUUAGGUGAAUGCAGUAGAGAGAGCACCCGUAACAGCAGAAUUGCUUCGGCAUCUGUGGGGAGCAACAAGCUGCAGAGAUCUGCUGAUAGAAGUGUUACUGAAGCAUCAACAGCUUCUGGUGUUAUCAAGAAGAUUUACAGAUCAGAAGGUGAUGGCAGGCGUAAGCCAUCAACAGCUGUUCAAGCUUUGAGAAAAAAGUAUCAAGAACAAAGGCUGGCCAAGCAGAGAGCUAGUACACUUAAGAAGUUGGCUCAGAAAGUUAAGGGGAAGAAUAUGGUGCGAACACGAUCUUCGACACAUAAUGAGGAAAUUCCACCAAGUAUGAAUACUAAACCAUCAAGAGGAACUGUAGUGAAGAAGGCUGUAAGAAGUAUGAAUAUUGUGCAGAGGAAAAUCAAGUCUACAGCAAAACCUAGCCUGCUGACAAGGAUGCAUACCCGAAAAAAGACAGUAAUGAAGACUAGGACCAGCAAGUCAACAGUAAAUUCCAUGAGGAGGGAUGGCCUCCGUAGUGGUGGCCAGUUGCCACCAGGCAGUGAAGCUGGCCUCAAGAGUGAAAGGGUUUUGAAACAACCAGAACAGCAGCAACAACCCCGAUUCAAACCAGUUGCAAAAAAGAAAAUAGAAAAAUGUAUGAGCAAAACAUUUGCAAGUUCAGUAUCUGACUUUUCAUCUGAUGAUGACCAGCCAUUAGCCAAAAAAAUGAAAGUGAAACCUAUUGAACGUGCAUCUUCUAGUCGACAGCUUGCAAGGAAGGUCAUCAAACGAAUUGUAUCUAAAAGGAUGAAGCCAAGGAUGAUAACUAGAUCACAGCAGCAACAGCAACAAGUCCCAGAGAAGGAACAAACAGAAACAAGACUUUACACCAGGCCUUCUCGUAAAACAAAGGAAGCUGCAGCAAUAUAUAUGGAAUUGCUAGGCAGGAAGCUUAUCACACCAGAAGCAGAAGUAGAUGAAGACUCACUGUCCAUUGACAGUUUUCCAGAACUUCCCAAUGCAAGACGAUUUGAACAACGAGAAAGUGAAAUUAAGGCACGAGCAUAUGAAGAAAGAAAAGAAGCCCAGCAGCCAAAGGAGGAUGCUAAAACAGUAGUACCUCAUAAAUCAAAAAUAACAAGUGAUACUGCUGUUAACAAACAGAAGCAAAUUAAAAUUGUAAAAGCCAAAAAACUGCCCAUGAGGAAUAGAAAACUACCUUUACAGAAACCAGCACUUUCAAAGAACACUGAAAGAGUUAAAUCAUUGCUGAUACCAGAUAAUCCAAAUAAAAAAGAAUCUGUUAAUAUUAAAGAAAAUGUGGUGAAUAAAAAACAGGAUGGAACAGGGCUGCAAGUGAGGCCAAGGAAAAUAUCUGCUAGACUACAGAGUGUUGAUAAUCAGUUUAAUGAAGAAGGAGAAGCUGACAGUGAUAAGAUGAGGCCUCCAUAUGCUCCCCGUCGCAGUUUGAGAAGAGGCUCUCGUGAAGCAGCACAGGAUUGCUGUGAUACAAUCCAGCAAGAUAUUCAUGAUGUGAUUCAUCAGGCUUCAAAUUCAGAAAGUCCAUCUGCAGGUACUGUACCAUCCAAGCAUCUGAGUAAGAAGAUCAAGCCAGUACCAUCCCAACCCUCUUCUUCUCCUCUCAUAAGAGGCUUAAGAAAAUGUUCCAGAUCUCAAGAGAAUACCAUGGACGUUUCAGAAGAGACAUUCAGCGAUUCUGAUGAAGAACCACUUGGGAAACUCUUUUUGAAGCAUUCAGUUACAAAAAAGCUUAGUGAUGAAAUUAAUGCUAGUAAAGACACCAUAGCAGAAGAGAAGAGUGAAGCAGGAGGAGAAAGGGAUGAAGUUAUUAAUAAAAAGGGUAGCAAAAAUGAGAGUAAGGCUUUACUUUUGGUUUCUGAUGAUACAAAGAAGAAAAAUGUGACUGUGAAAAAUGAACAAGUUUUGAAAAUUCCUAUGUUCCCAGCACACAAGGGAAAUGAUAAUAAGAUACAACAGCCAGGUGAGGAUAUCUCAAAAAUCAAAGUCAUGGAGGUUGUGGAAGUUACUGACUCCAGGAAUAAAGAAUUAUCAAAGAGAAAAAGUGAAGAUGGUACUAUCACACAGAACACAGAAUCACUGCUUAGAAGGAGUGAGGACAAUCUUAUUACUAAAGGUAGAGAAGAACUACAAUAUGGAAAGAGUGAAGCUGUUAAUUCCAGAAACAAAGAAAAACUGCUUAAGAUAAUCGAUGAUACUGCUAAGAAAGAAGAGAUAAUACAAAGGAAGAACAAAGAAAUUUCUUGUACUAAGAACAGACAGUUGCAAUUGAGAAAGAGUCAUAUUGCAAGAAAUAAAGAUAUUUCAAACAGAAGGAAUGAGGAAAGUGAAAUUACUAAGUCUAAUAUAAUGCCAAAAGAAAAUUAUAACGUUCUUCUUAAAAAUAAGGAAAUGUUUUAUGAAAGUGGUGGAGAGGAUGCUAAAAAUGAAGAAAUAUCACAAAGAAAGACUAGAGAAUGUGUUAAUGCUAAAUACAAAGAAACGCUUUUGAAAAAGAACAAUGAAUUUAGCACUAAGAUUAAAAAGGUGGCACUCAGAAAACCAGAGGAUGAACUUCAGACUAAGAAGAAAGAAAUGGUGCUGAGAAGUUGUGAAGAACUUCAUGACAAAAUUAAACAUACAACAGUUAGAAAGAAUGGCGGUGAGCUUAUUACCAAAAGAAAUGAAAUAUUGCUGGAGAAGAGUGAGGAAGAUAGUAUUAAAGGUACAGAAAUAACCCAACAAACAAAAAAUGAUUUGAAUAACAAGAAGAUAAUUGUCCCAGCGAGAAAGAUUGAACAUGCUAACAGUAAGAACAAAGAAGUAGACAAUAGGAACUGUGAAGAGAUCCUUAAUACUAAAAUUGAAGGUGUACCACUGAAAAAGAGUGAAGAAAAUAUCUCUAAGAACAUAGAAGCUUCACAAAGGAAGAAUAUAGAUGAGAUUAAUAAGAUUAAACAGAUACUACAAAGAAAAUCUGAAAAUAUGGGUACAACAAAUAAAGAAAUACCAUCCAAGAAGAAUGAAGAUCUUAGCACUUUAAAUGAAGAAAUUUUACCUAGAAGUAGUGAGAAUUUUGUUGAGAAUGUACAGAUACUGCCUAGAAAGAAUGAUGAUGUUAAAACCAAGAUGGCAGAAGUACCAUCAGUAAAGAAUGAAGAUUGUUUAUUUGGAGUUGAAGCUCCAAAAUCAUUCAGUGAUAACAAAUAUUUAUUACAGAAUACAUGGUUCAAGUCAGAAUACAUCUCAGCUGAUGAUAAGAAAUUUCAACAGCCAACAAAAUCUUCUCUUUCAUUUGCAGAUGUUGAACCAUUAACAAAGGGGAAAAUCGCCACAGAGACAAAAGAAUUAGUUGGAAAAGUGAUUAAUAGCAAAGAAGAAAAAUUUGAACCACACAAGGAGAUGAACACAUCAAAUAAAGUUAAAAAUGUGAUCAGUAGAUUUGGAAAUGAGAUCUUGGGUAAUAAUGGAGUAGACAGUGCAAAAUCUUCUCACGUUUUGAGAAGAAAUUUAUUGCAAUUAAAAGCUGAGUCACAAACUGUAAAAUCUGAAAAACAAAUUGUCAGUAAUGUUAGUAACCUUUCUAGGAGUAAUAAAAUUGUUCCAGUUUCUAAUAAAAUAACUAUUUUUAAUACUGACAAGAUAUUACAUAACAUGCCGAUAUCAGUUGACAGUUGUUCAUCAGAAAAGAAUGCCAGUAUUUCCAAGUCAGCUGAAACUCAUGUUCAGAGUCAAGUAGUGUCACAUGCUGGAAUUAAAACUUCCCCAAAAGGUGUUUGGGACAGCAGUGAUUCUGAAGAUGAUAUAUUGACGAAGUUGCCCGAGGGACAAGUAUCUUCACUGUUGAGCAAUAGUCUGUCAGCAAUGAAAGAAGAGCCUCUAUCCAAAUGUCCUCCUAAUACAAUUUUACCCACAAAGGAUGCUGUUUUAAAACAAGACAGCAAGACAACAGCAGAGUUUGAAGACAUUCCUCCUGAACAGGUGUGUGGAGGUGAAAAUGGAGCAAAAGUUGAAACUAAAACGCUUAUGAUUAGUCAUAUACCAGUUGCAAACAAAGUGGAACUGACAUCAGUUACAGGGGCAGCCAUAUCAAAAAGUGAUAAUAAAACCAAGGAGAAGUAUACAGAGUUGAGAGUUAUGGAUUGCAGAAAAGGUGUGGAAGUUAGAAGAGGUAAAAUUGGCCCUUCAAGUCAAGCACUGAGAUACCAUGCCAAAUCAAAUGCUGUACUAAACAGAGAACCUACAUUUAGGGACAAAGUAAAAGCAAAAGUGAACAUGUCAAAUGAACAGAUUGAGAAAUGGCUAAAUGAAAGUUACAUUGAAGAAUCAGAUUCUGGGAAUUCAGUGUUUGAUAAAUGCUUGAAGUCCAUGGGUGAAGAAGGUGAAACUUUAAAUAACAUUGAUUUUAUUGAUACCACAACAACCAAGGAAUAUGAUUACAGGACCAACCCCUUAGAAGAAGAGCUAAAGUCAGGAAAAGACAUGUCAUCAUACUUGAGAGAGAUUGAUGAUGAACAUUUAUACCAAUCUGAUAAAGAUUUCCCAUUUUUAGGGGAAGUAUUUCCACAGAAAGUUGUUGAAUUACCAGAAGUAACUCCUAAGUUCACUGUUAACUUUAAAAAGAGCAUGUCACAUGAUGUAGCUCUUGUCAGACCACAGUCUUCUGCAGAGAGUUUGUUGAUGUUGGAUGAAGGAAGAGAUUCAAGAACUAGCAAAAACAGUGUCAGUUCACUAGUCAAGGAACCAAAGUCUGUUGGUGUGAAUGCAGUUCCUAUUAGUCGGCAAAAAAUUGAAGUGAGGAGUACAAGAAAUCAGGAAGAAAAUGAAGAUGAUACUAACAAGGAGGAAGCAGCUGUUGGAAAAUUGCAAAGUAACAUAUGUUCAGCAUCAGCAUUACAACAUGAUGUAAGUGAACUAAGUAUGCCAAGGCCUUCAUAUAGUAAGAGAGACAAAAACCAGAGGUAUGAUGAAGAGCAGACUCAUAAUGUUCAGUCACAAGAAGACAUACAUGUUAUUGAAGAAAAGUUUAAUAAAUUAAACCCAGAAGCAAGGAAGCAGGAAGUAAAUAUUACACAUCACAACAUCAAGUCACAGCCUAUGCAGGAUCGAGGAGGGGAGAAAAAGCCCAUAUUCCAGCAACGACGUUCAUUCCCACAUAAAAUUAAAGAACGCAAGGAUUUGACUCCAAGUGCAAAUGCUUUCUCUCCAGAGAAUGAAAGCAGUGUUUAUGCAUUUGAAUCAGAACCAGAGUUACCACCGGUCAGUACACCAUUCAGGCGUAGGGCAAGAGACAGUCGAACAUCUAGUACAACAACAUCAAAAUCAGAGGAAGACUUGGCACGACUGGAUGAUGAAACAACACCACCUCCAUCAGCAGUCCAAAUGACAUUGCAAACCGUUCAGUCACCAACAUUGCAAACCAUUCAGUCACCACCAGUACAGACAGUCCCAUCAUCAACAGUGCAGACAGUCCAGUCUGAACGGCUUACAUUGCCUGUUGUUGGGCAACCUAUACAAACUUUGCCUUUGUCAACAGCCAUAGUACAAAUUAUACCAACUCUUCCUAUAACCAUGAGGCCUGUACAGGUUGAAAACUAUGUAUCAGCACAGCAGCAACAACAGCAGCAGCAAGUGCUCCUGUUACAGAAUGACGCAGUAAUGACAACGUUAAAAACUGGAUGCACCAGUAGUGCAUCUAUUGCUGUUCAGGUAAAUUUAGAUAAUGAACCCAGCCUUGAUGCAUCAUCACAAAAUAUAUUAGCAUCCCAUCCAGCAACUCCAGAACCUCUGCUUCAACGAAGCAUGGAGUGCUCCACGCAGACAGAUGUGGCAGAAGAGGAGGAGGAUGACAAUGAGGGGCAUUUGUUCUAUAUCCCACUGCAGCAUCCUACUGGGACAGGAGGACCAUUGGCUACACCAACACAACAGUUAAUACAAGGUGUUGCAGUCAAACUAGGCACAGAAGGGCCAACAGGACCAAAUCAGCGUGUCAUUAUGCGAGCGAAACUAGUCACUAAACCACCGACCUUCAACCGCACAGCAGUGGGUAUUCAAGAUGGGAAUACAACUGGUAUUGGAAGGUCCCUGCUCACUGCACAGCACCAAAGAUCAACUGGAAUGUUGAUGAUGGAACAGAAGAAUAUUUAUGGUUCUGCAGUUGGGGCAUCCUCACCUGCCACCACUGGAACAUAUCCGCCAGUUGGCACUGUUCAGCCGACUGCACGUGGUCGCCCACUUGUUGUUCCAUCAAGCAACAGUGCAAGAAGUGAUGAUACGAUAGAUACAGUGUCAGAUAAUACAGAUGUUCUGAAGUUGUCUGAAACUGGUGGUAAAACUGCCGAUAUCUCUUUAGGUUUACAUACACGGCCUGAAGUGGACGAUACAGUGAACAAACCACUGGCCAUGGUCUCUGCAAAGCCAGUCGUUAAGCCCCAGCAGAAUGCAGUACCUUCCAUCAAAGAACAGAAAAUUCAAAGUGUUCUACCCUCUUCCUCACUUGAUGAUGUGGCGGCACCCAAGUUGCCUGUAAGCAAAAGUCAAGGAAAUGUAGGAAAGGAUCGAAGAAGUUCAGUGGAGGCGAACUCCCCGAAUACUUCAUCUACAUCAAAAUCGACAGCUGGAAGCAGUAAGCGGAGUUCUCAGAAAGCAAAAUCAAUGAACUAUGCAUGUAAACCAAGUAACACUACCAGCUUCCCAAGUCUGGGAAGUCCAGCGCAGAUGGUCGAAGCACCUGUCUUUCAUCCAUCAGAGAAAGAGUUCCAGGAUCCACUAGAAUACAUUGACAGGAUUCGACCUGUGGCUGAAAAGUUUGGGUUGUGUCGUGUUGUGCCACCACCUAAUUUUAAGCCUGAAUGUAAAGUGAGCGAUGACAUGCGCUUCCUAGCAUACAACCAGUAUGUUCAUAAGAUGCUGCACCGUUGGGGACCAAAUGUUAAGGAAAUGAUGGCUAUUAAGAAGUAUUUAGCUACACAGAGUAUAUCAUUCAGCCAUCCUCCUUGGAUUGGAGGCAUGGAAGUUGACUUGCCACGACUGUACAAAAUAGUUCAGAAUUUUGGUGGUUUGAAGGAGGUAAUUGAGAAGAAGAAAUGGCAUCGAGUUGCAGAUGGAAUGAAGAUCCCAAAAUCUGCACAAGAUAGAGUGACAAAGUUAGAUGAUAUAUAUUGCAAAUAUUUAUUGCCAUAUGACACGCUAUCACCAGAUGAAAGACAGAAACUGCUUGAUGAAGUGGAACAAGAGUGGACUGAGAGAGAGAAGCGAGCAACAACAUCAAUCAGUCCAGGUGGUAGCGAUAUGCCUGAGGAAGAAUGUGAAGGUGACACGUCAGAUGAAAGCGAGGAAUGCAUUGUAAAGGGACGCAAUAUGCCCUUAAACGCAUUCUACCGUAUUGCGCGGAACACAAUGAGCAUGUGGUUCCGUCAGGCUGAACCACCAGCAUCUGAUGUUGAGCAGGAAUUCUGGCGACAUGUGACUUUACGGCAGAGUCAUGUUUGUGUUCACACUGGUUCCAUCGAUUCCAGUGGCUGGGGAUAUGGUUUCCCAUGCUCUAAAAACAGCCCAUUUGCACGUCAUCCAUGGAAUCUUAAGGUUCUAACCAAUAAUAGUGGUUCAAUUCUGCGAUCUAUUGGACCUAUAAUGGGUGUUACUGUUCCCACACUCCAUGUUGGAAUGCUGUUCACUACGUGUUGUUGGUAUAGAGAUCCACAUGGUCUGCCAUGGGUGGAAUACCUUCAUACUGGAGCAAAUAAAAUUUGGUAUGGUAUUCCUGAUGAAUACAGUUCAGUAUUCAGAUCAUCUUUAACAAAACUUGUGCCCAGGUACUGCAGAAACAAGACAAUAUGGCUUCCAUCUGACACAGCAAUGGUUCCUCCACCCCUGUUGGUGAAGCAUGGUGUUUCAUUGUGUCACACAGUACAGGAACCAGGCCAGUUUAUUCUGGUGUUUCCACGUGCAUUUACAUCCAGUAUUUGCACAGGUUAUCUUGUGUCUGAGAGUGUCUACUAUGCACAGCCUAGCUGGCUCAACACAGCAGAGCAAGUGUUCAGGGAUAUUCAGAACAGCUGUGAACCUUCCAUGUUCUCUUUGGAGAGACUACUGUUCAGCAUUUCAACAGAUGGCAGAACAAAUGUAGAAGUUUUGAAACAGGUUCUGCCAAUGGUUCUCAAAAUCAGGCAGGAGGAACUAGACUAUCGUAAGCAGCUUUAUGCAUUGGGACUUAAGACAUCAGAACGUUUGCCGUUACCUGAAGUGAACAUUAAACGUCGUAAGGUUCGCCAAGCUCGUGAAGAGGAGGGAGAUUAUGAAUGUGAGAUUUGUCGAGCAAACCUCUUCGUAUCAUUGGUAACCAACUCCCAUGAAGAAGGAGUUUACUGUCUUCCUCAUGCAAUAGAACUUCUGACAGAGAAGAGGCAUCAUCUCAAGUACUGCAAACUCAUGUACACAUAUGAUCAGGCGGAAUUGAAUGAGCUGAUUCAGAAGCUGCGAGAAAGGAUUGAAGCAAAAAGUCAGAGGAAGUCACAAGGGAAGCACACCGCUAUUUCACAUAAACCAUGACCACAAACAUACAUUCAUUAAGGGGUGAGUAGUGAUUUGAAGAACCUGAAAUGUAGCUACUAUCACUGCCACUAGAAAUAACAUUGAUGUAUAAAUGAAUUUUUAAUCAUAUUGUAAGCAAGAAUUGAAUAUGUGAUGCUUUUGUACCUUAUUUUGACCUAGAGUUUAUUUAAGAAAAUGUAAGUAAAAAAGGAAGCAAUACUAGAAUAAAAUGAUUUGCAAUAUAAUGUAGUAAAUGCUACCAGGUGUUGUAGAUAGGGAUGUUUAUUUUCAUACAGACUUUUGAUUUUGUGCUUCUUUUUUGUACAAGAACUGUUUUAGGAAUGAAACAUAUUAACAGUAUAUCCAUAUUGUGUAAAUUAAGAAUUCUGGGGAAUACAUUCAGAGAUUUAAUUCAGAAAUACUGAAAUAGGUCUUGACAAAUUCUCUGUAGUUCUAGGUACCACCUCUAGAAAUGAUUAUUAUUGUUCAGUGGCUAUGAAUUGCGCAUUGUUUUUAUAUAAAUUUCAUACUAGGACAGACACAUAUUUUAGUAAUUUUCUGUGCAAACCCUGUACUAUUUAUCAGACUGUGAUAUGUAAUAAAAUUCAACAGGCUUUGCCUUCAUUAGAGACACUCAGAUGCAUGUACAAAGCAUCAGUCAGUUUGUGGUUUGAGCAAGAUUUUUACAAUAACCACUCAUAAAUGAAGUGUCCAUAAUAUACAUGUGUGUUGGCUGUGUUCAAUUUUAGGUCAUAAAAUUAUAUGAAUCACUGUGUUCUUUGCUUUUCUGCCUACUGAUGAUAUACUUCGAACAGAGAGGCUUCUGGUUAUGCCAUCAGCUGAAGUUACAGUUAAAAUGAUAGUCUUGCACUUGUUGUAUGUCUAUAACAUUUUCAUAAGGGUAUAUCAUACCUCAAGUAGGCAAUCUUAUGGAAGAAAAGAUGUAUGUGCUUUGUAAGAUCUUCAGUAGAGUGUUUCUAGUUCCCACAGUAUGUUAAAAAUAGAAUAUUGUAACUUUCUAAUGAUGACAUAAUGAUCUAUGUCAUUAUACUUAUAUGAUGAUGAUGCACCCUCCGGAUGCAGGUAUACCUUUUACAUAUUUGUAUUAAAUAACUAAUUAACCUUGUGCAGCAGAGUCCUUCAUGAGAAGCGACAGUCACCAAAAUGUCAAGAAAUUCCAUACAUUUUGCAGAACCAAAGGUUCACUGCCACUUACACAGAGGCCUGCCCUAAAUUUAUAUGGAUGUAGAAAAAUUUUAGAACAAUACUCCAACAUAUGCUAGGUGCUAUGGUGAAAAUGUUCAGCAGUGUGGUUACCCGGAACAUGAGAUUUGUUGAGCCCUGAAUGAAAUACAAGUUAAAGUUGGAACUUGUUAAGAAAAACGACCACUCUUCAUUGUCUGUGGCCAUUUACCAUAGGCAUUCUUGUGUGAUAUUAAUUUUGUAAUAUUUAUUGUACAAAGUCAAGCUCCCAAUUACGUGCAUGAAUGGCAAAAAUGGACACUGUGGAUGAGGUAGAACUUACAGAACUCAGAAAUGUUACACAUAUGAUUGUGCCUGUGGUCAGUAAGACAAGUGUAGGACUUUAAUUUUCAGAAAUAUAUUAUAAAAGCAACAAAGUUAAGUUUAUAAAAUUUUAAUAUUCAUAGUGCCAUUUUAAUAUAAUAACACUAAAACUGACUCCAGAUGAUUCACACAUCACAGGAUCCUCAUGCAGCUAAUUGAGGUUGUCUACAUUACAUUAAGUAAAAACUGUGUUAGUAACUCAAGCAAGUUGUUAGUAUGCACGAGUUUCUUUAAGCAUUGUAUUGAGUAUUGAGUCUUUAUAUCUGCAGGGCUAACUAACUAACUAACUCAUAGAACAGGAGAAGUUGAUAAUUGCUUAAUUAUUUAAGAAAUCCCCCACCUUUUAUGAAACCCGAAGUUCAUUAUCAUGUUCAAAAAAGUCUGCUGUUGAACCCUAUGCUGAACUCUUUAAAUCCAGUCCACAUCCUCACAUCCUGCUUCCUUAGAAUAAAUUUUAAUAUUACCCUACCAUUUGUGUCCACAUGUCUCAAGUAGUUUCUUAAAGUUUUAGAUCAAGUUUAUGUGCAUUUCUCAUAAACUUUAUUACUUUUUGUUUAAUUCCAGGAGGAUUAUUGUUGUUUAGGUAUGCCCUCUUUCAAGGCUUCUUGUGAGUGCACAUGUAAUUUUCAAAUUACUUUGUACUUUUAUUUUGUGAUUACAAGAGGAAUUACUUAUGAAAGAGGGGUGUUGGAUAUGAUGCCAAGCAAUAUUCUCAGAGUUCAAACAUCUGGGAACAACAGUAACAAAUCAAAACUGCAGUCACAGAGAUAUCAAGGGCAGAUUAAUGUUGGGGAAUGCUUGCUAUCAUUCAUUUCAAAAUUUUUGUCUUUGCAUCUGUCAUCAAAAUAUUAAAUAUUAAAAUAUACAAAACUGUAAUUUUGCUUGCUUUUUAUGGAUGUGAAACUUAGUUCUUACAUUAAAUGCAGAAAAUAUGUUUAACCUUUAUGAGCCGAAAGACACUGUAUGGGGACCUUUAAAGUAAAGCCGAGUGGCCGAACGACACCGUAUGGUGACUCGCAGUCCACGCGUGCGCACAGUGUUUUAAAAUCUAAUUUUAAGAUAGAAAUUCUUGUUCUACU